AUGUCCAAACGAAUCAUUGCCCUCUCAAAGGAAUGCAAUUGUGAGGAGUUGCACAUUUUCGAGCUACCGCAUAGUACAAAUAUCAAUUCCAAGUCGAAGUUAAGACUGUUUUGCUCUGAUGACAAGAUUUAUCAGAUCAAAAGACAAAUGUUUAGCAAGGGUUGCGCGUACAACAAGACCCGGGACGCUUCAAAUGAGAAGUACCAUUACUGCUCAGAUUCCAAACCACUAAAAUCUGGAAUUCUGACAAACGCUGAUGAACGCAGGGACGGGUGGCUCUUGGAAGAUGGGUAUUUCGAAUUUACUACAAAGUAUGACCUCUGCUUUAGUUUGUGCGGAGCGCUUUUCUCAAAAGCCAAAUCACAAGAUGAAAACGAAUACCAGCAGGAACCUCGACAAUUCAAUGAAUUGGAAUUGGAAAGCCGCUUUCUCAUGACGAGGGAUUUACAUGAAACUUUGAUCGACAAUCACGACAAAGGAUGGUCUAAUAUACCCACCAGAAUACUGCAGAACUCUCUGCAGCAGUUGUGUGACACAAUAGAGGAAGGUGGCGAUACUUACUACAAAAUGACACCUUCGAAGAUAACAAAAUGGCUAGCAAACAAGGCCGUUAAGGUCUCGAGAUCUCUGCCUGCCAGCAUACCCUUGCAAAAGGACCUUCCAGAGCAAGUCGCAGGGCAUGCGAAGCUUGUUUUUGCCUGUAACAUUCUUAUUUCACUCGUGCCCCAGCCUGCAUACCAAAACUUAAUUCAGUAUUCCGAUGAGGAAGUGAAUUUUGCAAAAGCCUUCCAGGAAUAUCGUAAAUAUCUACAAGAUCAAGCAGUCAAAGAAAGAGAGCAACAGCUCCAAAUUAAUGCAGCAAUGAAGGUUGGCAUGGGAAAUGGUAACACAAAGAAAAAAGCAUUGGUUACCAAGAGGCCAGUUGUUACUAAAAAGGUCACUAAGGUUUCAAAAGGAGCAAUUGAUGGGUUUUUCUCGAAGAAAAAGUGA